AGAGGCCCGCCAGCCCAGGCGAGGGGCUUUCCCGGGCGGGAGAAGGAAACGGUGGAGCGGCUCGGCAGAGAGAGUUUUGUUGUUGUUUUUUUUUAGGCAGCCCUCCUCGCCACCUGGCCCCAGCGCUGCCGUUGGCGGUGGUGCUUUGGCGGGCGCCGCUCUCACCCCUGCCAGGACCGGUCCCGGCGGGCGGCGCGGGGCGGCGGGGAGCGCGCGGGGCGGCGGGCGGGCGCCAUGGCCAAGCACCACCCGGACCUCAUCUUCUGCCGCAAGCAGGCGGGCGUGGCAAUUGGAAGACUUUGUGAAAAAUGUGAUGGGAAGUGCGUGAUCUGCGACUCCUACGUGCGGCCCUGCACCCUGGUGCGCAUCUGUGACGAGUGCAACUACGGCUCCUACCAGGGGCGCUGCGUCAUCUGCGGGGGCCCCGGCGUGUCUGAUGCCUACUACUGCAAGGAGUGUACCAUCCAGGAAAAAGAUAGAGAUGGUUGCCCUAAGAUCGUCAACCUGGGCAGUUCCAAGACAGAUCUCUUCUAUGAACGGAAAAAAUACGGCUUCAAGAAGAGGUGAUCCUAUCCGUAUGUGGCUACACCUUCUGUUGGGUUGGCAAGAGGGUCUUGGAACAUCUCUGGACUUUACUAUUAUUGAAAACCGAUUGAUUAUCUUUUCUGAAAGCAGUACAAAUUCAAUAUUAUACUUGGGAUUGGAUAAGUCACAGACUGAGUAGGGACUGAAAGCUGAUCAGACCUGACUACUGGAAAGAACAAGCGAGGAUUAUUGUCUCUUGCCUUUUCAGAAGCUUUGCUGGUAACUGUCCCAGCUUGCUAUAAAAAUCCUGGUGGGCAAGUAUUUCUGUGUGGAGGGGACCAGCUUAGUAAAAAGCAAGUGCCCUCUCUGGUGCAACACCUUGCACAUCUUCUUACCAGUCCUCCUUUCAAUCACUAGAAACUGCCCCAUGCAUCAGUAUUGAGGAACAAAGCACCAAUCCCAUGUGCCUGCUUCCCGCCUCAGUUCCUUCAGUAUAUUUCCAUGCCACACUGUUUUUUAAGGAACCUGCUCAUGGCUGGUGCUUUCCUAGGGAGAGCACAGCUGUUCCAUGUUUUCUUUGACAGAUUAAUCCAAGGCCCUUUCUUGUAACUGUUUCUGUAGGAUGCAUACCAAUAAAGCUUCUUUUGGGUUUGGUUUUUUUUUA